ACCCUAUUCACUGAACCAAACACCCCUGUAACAAGAGAAACAGUUUCACUGUUCAGUCACGGCCACGCGUCAUCGUCACCAUUACCUUCCUCUCUCUCACUUGGCUCCUCCAUUUUAAAACCUCCUCACUUCACACUCUAUGAACAGAUCCAUCGCGCACACACACGCUAUAGAAGUAUAGAGAGAAACAUGAACGGCCUGAAAACGCCGCCGGAAAUCGGGAUACAGCUGCCGGAGGCGAAAGUGGCGGCGGAGACGGGGACAAUGAGCGGGCCGCUAGUGCCUCCCAGGUCUGACCGGAGUGUUCGCCGGGGAACUGACGUUGCUCACGUCGUUCUCCGGUUCGUUUGUCUUUUAACCUCGGUGAUAGCUCUGUCGUUGAUGGCCACAGCUAAGGAAGCUGCCUCCAUCUCCAUCUAUGGUUUCCUCCUCCCGGUUUCCUCCAAGUGGUCCUUCUCCGACUCCUUUGAGUAUUUGGUCGGAGUUUCGGCAGCUGUUGCUGCUCACGCUUUGCUGCAACUGAUUAUUAGCGUAUCAAGGCUGUUGAGGAAGUCUCCAGUGAUUCCCUCUCGGAAUCAUGCAUGGCUCAUUUUUGCUGGAGAUCAGGUCUUUGCAUACGCGAUGUUGAGUGCUGGGUCAGCUGCUUCAGGAGUCACCAACCUAAACCGCACGGGAAUACGACAUUCGCCUCUACCAAAUUUCUGUAAGCCCUUACAUAGCUUCUGCGACCAUGUUGCUGCCUCAAUAGCCUUCACUUUCUUCAGUUGCUUCUUGCUUGCCACCUCUGCCAUUUUAGAUGUAAUUUGGCUAUCCAAGUACUAAAUUUCCACUUCAUACAACUAUGUUGUGCACAUCCUAUAUGAAUAUAUAUGGAUUUGAGAAAAGACCUGCAGUUCUGCAGCCUUCUGGGUACUGGUAUUUUUGGGGUUCAGGGCACAGACUGUCUUUUGUAAAGAAUGAAACAACCUCCUGUGAUGUGAACGACAUAAACACUAUAUAAUCGAUGGCUGAAAUGUCAAAAUGCAUGUGCAGUUGUAGAUUUUAUAAUCGGCUUGAGUUGGUAACUAAAUUUGCGAGGUUAAUUAUUCAAGUUAAAUUUCUGA